GCCCAAAAUCAAUGGGCGGCAGAGCGGCCAUGAAGUCGACUGCUGUACACAACAGUAAGCUCUCAUCUUCCAACAAAAUCAACUCAACCAAAGAAUACCUACGUAGUAAUUGUUUCAUCUUUAUCCCUUCCUGAUUUUCAUGCUGGUAGGUGAGUCCAAGCAAAGAAUAACAAACCUUUUACUUUUUCCCCAUUUUCUGCUUUUCCUAACCAACAUAAUUUUGUUGUGAAUUUGUUUUUUUACAGCUCAGAUUCUUGUAAUAUUGUAUUGUUUUAAUUACUAGCAGUCUUUAUUUGAUAAAUAUUUUUAUAUUGAAUUGUUUUUUUUUUUUGCAAUCCUGUCUUUGUCAUAUCACCUUAAAUUUCUUCUCAGUUUCGUGAUUGGUAGUAUCACCAAAUCCCUCAUAAGAAUUUCUAUCGAUGCCGUGCAAGUUAAACCUAUCUGGGUUGUAAGCAUUUUCUCUUUUAAGGAUUUGGUCAUUUGAAUUUCUGGGGUAAGUGAUCAGUGAGGAAUUUGUCAUUGGAUUUUUGUCGAAUGGAUGAAUUAGUUGGACCUCGCUUGUACAGCUGCUAUAAAUGUCGAAACAAUGUCUCUCUUCACGACGAUAUAAUCUCUAAGGCGUUUCAGGGAAGGCAUGGCAGAGCUUUUCUGUUUACUCAUGUGAUGAAUAUUGUUGUUGGGGCUAAAGAAGACAGAACUCUCAUGACUGGUCUUCAUACUGUUGCUGAUGUACUCUGUGGGGAUUGCAAUGAGGUUUUGGGCUGGAAAUAUGAACGAGCUUAUGAGCCUACUCAGAAGUACAAGGAAGGGAAAUUCAUACUCGAGAAAUCUAAAAUCGUUAAAGAGAAUUGGUAGUCCACCACCAAUUUCAUUAUUGAUUUUUUAUCUUAAUACUCAAUGUAAGUAAUGUUUAUCCUAUCUAUAAUAUCACUCACACUGUACAGAACAUGCUGAACUGAAAAAUUACAAAUGUUGAAUUGAAGUUUUAUACUUUCUGUUGUUUCAUA